CGAAGUUCUUGCUCUAAUGAAGUGUGAUGGAGUGACGCAGCGUCGCGCCCCUGCUCUUCAGUGCUGGAAACCCCGAGCGCGCGGACCUGCCAACGCCCGGCGCAGAGAAACAAACAGAAAGGAUACGAUCUUGAAUGAGAACAGUGGAUUUGUAAAAGCACAGCUAUGCAGACGAUCAAGUGCGUCGUUGUUGGUGAUGGAGCAGUGGGUAAAACCUGUCUAUUAAUCUCCUAUACAACUAAUAAAUUCCCCUCCGAAUAUGUACCAACGGUCUUUGAUAACUAUGCAGUUACGGUUAUGAUUGGUGGUGAGCCGUACACCCUCGGGCUGUUUGACACUGCAGGUCAGGAAGAUUAUGAUAGAUUACGACCCCUGAGCUACCCUCAGACAGAUGUCUUCUUAGUCUGUUUCUCAGUUGUUUCACCUUCUUCGUUUGAAAACGUCAAAGAAAAGUGGGUACCUGAGAUCACCCACCACUGUCCAAAGACCCCCUUCCUGCUGGUGGGCACGCAGAUUGAUCUGAGAGAUGAUCCUUCUACCAUCGAGAAGCUUGCCAAGAAUAAACAGAAACCCAUCACUCCGGAGACAGCAGAGAAGCUGGCCCGUGAUCUGAAGGCUGUCAAAUAUGUGGAGUGCUCCGCUCUGACGCAGAAAGGCCUAAAGAACGUAUUUGAUGAGGCGAUUUUGGCAGCCCUGGAGCCCCCAGAGCCCAAGAAGAAGCGUAAAUGUGUGCUGCUAUGAGCGCCCUGUUACACAUCCCUCCCCCUCCCUUCUUUGCUCUGCUAAGGCUGGUCCACAGCUUUACACUCUAAAAAGCAAUGUGUAAAAGAAGUGAGUUUCAAUAUUUGCUCUGCAAUAAAGAUAUAAAGAGUACCCACUAUACACAUGCACAAACACACACAACAAAAACCACACAUGCCCAUUAAUAUAAAAAAAAAAAAAAAAAAACCUAGAGGGCCUUUUCUAGUUUUGAUUCCAGGAGUCUUACUUCUGUACUUCAUGGUGAGAUUGAUUAGAGAUGCUGCCUUGGUUUGCCAGCCAUGUUUUGACUUUUAAUGUAAAAAGUAGUACCGCUGCACAGGGGUAUCUCGGUCGCUAAAGUCUUAAGCGGGUUCGGGGUUGUGUUUCUUUUCAUUGUGCGUUCAAAAUGGCAACCGAAUCACUUGAUCGUAAACGCCACUAGCCCAAGAAAUAAAAGAAUUGUUAUAUUUGGAGAUGUGUUCGCGAGUCCGCCGUAAUCCCUCUCCCACCCUCGAACAACAUCACCCGAAGUGCUUAGAAAUAGCUCCUUGUUCUUUGCCAAUAUUCCCAUUUAAUAGGCGUUCAAGACGGUAGUCCUGUAAAUGGUUUGUUUGCUUUCUGUGCAUAAUUUUGACUCGUUGCAAAGAAAAAAAAAAAAACCUCGGUCAUUUCAAGCAGGGAACUUUCUAACAGUGUUAGCAGAACAAGUGGCGUGUUCUAAUGCGUUGCUAGGGACCAUGGAAGCGUUUUUCCAGAACUUGUGAUUCAUGUAGGUAAGCCUCCAGGUUCCUUCGGAUAGGAUAACAUUAAUAAUAAUGUAAGCUGACAAAAGUUGUUGUAGGCUCCAGUUGUUUUUAUUUCACCAAAUGUUUUUUUUUUUUUUCUCUGUGAUUAUUGAUUUUUGUUUGUUUUUAUUUUAAUUUUGUUUUCAUCAGAGGUUCAUUUCACUCCGUUCAGUUCACAGCAAUCCUCUGAUCCACCUGUUUUUUUUUUUUUAAUCAAGCAUCAGUUGAAUGUUUAUAUUGUAGUGCAAGAUCACCUCUCUCAGAACCAAGAAGCACGUUUAAUAGCGCAGCACAGGUGGAUCAGAGUUAGUUUGAUUCCAGUCUAUGACCCUUCCCUAGUUGUUUGUUUGUCUGUUUUGAUUUGUUUGUUUUGGUGUAAACCAAAUGCUCUGUAUGAAGUCCCUCCUUUGUACUGUAUAUGCAUUCUUUUGAGAAAAAAAAUAUUAAACUUAUACCUUAAUUGCCUUUA